GAUCAUCAAGCACACCAAUAGUACAGUGAUAUCUGCAAUACAAUUAUCAACAACAAGAUCACUACUUACUCUACAUUACACUUGACAUCAUUAUGGCUCCCAUUAUGGAAUCCCUCCCAAUCCUCCAAGAGAAGUCUAUUGCGACUGCUACUGAGUAUUCGGUUCCAAGCUCGCCCGAUGGUGCUGUUACACCUUAUGAUGGUAAAACUCAUGUUUACAACAUUGACAUGCCUGCCUACUCAGACAAAGUCAUGUUGACAUUCAACAAUACGGUCAAGCAAACAACAGGGUUUGAGAGCGGUGCAACAAAGUUGAAGAAUAUGCUCAGGGAUUCCAAUGAGUUGAUCGUUUGCCCUGGUGUUUAUGAUGGUAUCUCGGCACGAGUUGCCCUUCAAGUUGGCUUCCCAGCCCUGUACAUGACAGGAGCAGGUACCACUGCUUCCCGCUUGGGCAUGGCAGAUCUUGGCAUAGCCCAAUUGUCUGAUAUGAAGGACCAUGCCGAGAUGAUUGCAAAUCUCGAUCCUUAUGGCCCACCUUUGAUUGCCGACAUGGACACUGGUUACGGUGGCCCUCUCAUCAUUGACAAAGCCGUCAAAUCGUAUAUCAGAGCUGGUGUUGCUGGAUUCCAUAUUGAGGACCAGAUCCAAAACAAGCGUUGUGGACAUCUCCAAGGCAAAAAGGUUGUUCCAGCAGAGGAGUACUACAUGAGAAUUCGUGCAGCCAAAGCCGCCAAAGAGGCCAUGAACUCCGAUAUUGUGUUGAUCGCACGCACAGAUGCACUCCAACAGCUUGGCUACGACGAGUGCAUCAAGAGGUUGAAGGUCGCUCGGGAGAUGGGCGCAGAUGUUGGAUUACUCGAGGGUUACACUUCGAAGGAGAUGGCCGCAAAGACUGUUAAGGAGUUUGCCCCAUGGCCAAUACUCUUGAACAUGGUUGAGAAUGGCAGCACCCCAAUCAUCACCACCAAGGAAGCACAAGAGAUGGGAUUCCGUAUCAUGAUCUUCUCUUUUGCUGCUCUCGCCCCAGCAUACUUGGCAAUUCAAGAGACCUUCUUGCGAUUGAAGAGGGACGGAGUCGUUGGAACACCAAAGAACCUGACGCCCAAGGCUUUGUUCGAUGUUUGUGGUCUGAAGGAUAGUAUUGUGGUUGAUACUGCGGCUGGUGGUGGAGCUUUCGCGGAUGGUGUUUGAGUAGAUGUAGUAUCUUGUCCAGGUUUUCCAGUUUGUCUAUUUUCCUUAUGUUCUGAUCUCAGUACCUGGUUGGUACGAGAUAUGGUGCGAAUAUACUAUAGGGGUUGCGUCAAAUCGUCAAAGUAGAUUUUGUCAUAUACACAAUAUAUCUUACUGUUUCUUCAUGAAUGGUGUUCUGGACAGUGAAUCUGUUUAUAAUUUGCA